AUGUCGGAUCACAAGGCCCUGAAGAGCUCAAUCAGCAUCGUGCUGACCGAUGUCAGCGAGCUGCAGGGAGAUGCCGGUCAGGCACAUGGAGGCCCGAGCGGAGGCCCUAGCGCUUCCUCCGGGCAGCCCCGUCUCAGACAUUCCGUGACGGUGAGCGCCAGCUCCGAGCAAGACACGUCGGCAGCCAAUGCGAACGCUUGUUCCCCUAGCAAAGUGCCGAAGAUCCCAAAGCCGGGACCUUCAGCGACCUCGCUGGGACGGACAAGCGUAUACUCCGAAGCCGUAAGUGCCGAAGAUAGCAACAUUGCGGCUCACCCAAGUGCAAUCGCUCAUAGAAAGCCGCCGUGCAGCCAUCGGAUAGUGAUAUAUCCUGCUUGGACAAGCAAGCUGGCGUGGGACCUGGCAGUGAUGCUAGUCGUGCUUGUAGAUGCCUUCGUGCUCCCAUACCAGCUGUCCUUCAAGCGGGAUCUUGAGCCGGAUGCCUUUGAUGAGUUUUGGUUCUGGAUCACCACCUCAUUUUUCACACUGGACAUCGUCGCCACCUUUGACACAGCUCUCGGAGGUGACGAAGACGACCUCAUAGUUGACCAUCGAACCAUUGCGCGGGCUUACCUGCGUGGCUGGUUCUUUUUUGACUGGGUCUCAACCAUGCCUUGGAGUCGCAUGGUUGAUGCAAUGGUGUCGGAUACAGAUGGUGGAGCUUUGUACCACGUGGCAAAAUUGGCGAAGAUGUUGAAAUUUCUACGUAUUAUUCGAUUGAUGAAGAUGUUGCGGGCCAGAAAGAUCAAGGAUAUUUGGGAAAGAGUGGAAACCAGAAUCGGAUCCGUGACGGUGAUCCAAGCGAUGUACUUGGUUCGUGUGCUGCUUGUGAUCGUUGCCAUUUGUCACUGGAACGCCUGUAUCUUCUGGAUUAUAGGCCGUACAGACAGCAUCAUCACCGAUUUCCUCCCGGAUGAGACGCGGAUAGCUUUCGAAGGGCAAGAGCAUUGGACGAUGGUGUGGCACAAAUAUGGCGUCGACGGGGAGCCUUGGCGCUUUCACGACAAGCCAAUUGUAGAGUGCUACGUCUUCUGCUUCUACUGGACCCUUGGCGUGAUGCGCACGAUGCCGGCAGAGGUUACGCCCGUGAAUCUGCUUGAGCGUAUCUUUGUGCUUUGCUUCAUGUUCUUUGCACUGUCUGCCUUCGCAGUUUCAGUCGCAUCUUUGACGCAAGCGUACUUCAAGAUCAGCGAGCGGAGCCGUUCCUUCAACGAUGAGAUGUUUGCAAUUCGAAUGCACAUGCACAAGCUCAAGUUGGAAGACCAUUCCCAGCGCCGUAUCAAGGACUACAUCACGCACCGGUUCAACCGCAGGCGGAUGCUGGCCAAGGAGGUGAACAUCGUUGACAACCUUCCCAAAGCCCUGCAGAACGAAGUCAAGUAUGCAACGGCCCUGCAGUACGUCCAGAGGUUGUCGGUGAUUUCCGACCUAUCCAAAGAUGCGAUCAAGAAGAUUUGCUUGGAAUUCGAACCGAAAGACUACCUUCCGGAGACGCAGCUGUGCGUUGCUGGCCACGAAGCCAGCGUCGCGCGGCUCCUGUGUGCCGGAACACUUUCGGCCAGGGACAUCAACCAGAUCGCCGUCGAGGUACCGCAUGAUGCCAUCAUUGAUGAGGCGUGCCUGGAGACGGAGGAGCCUGUGAUCUCAACUUUGACAGUCACGACGGUUAGCACUUGCGAAAUCCUCACGAUUGACAAGCUGGCUUUCGCGCGCAUUACCGGCAUGCACCUCUCCGACGGCCGGAGAAGGAAGCUGAAGGCCAUGAACUCGAAACAAGGCCCAGAUCAAGUGGAGCUCAAUCGGCAAGCCGACGAUUCGCAGUCACGGAGCGGCGCUGCGGCCGCAGCAGCUGCUGUGGUUUCGGAGGCCACGUCGGUGCCGCGGCCGUGCUGCUCGAAUCGAAAGCGGAUGGCAACGUGCGGGCAGAGGACGGAAGCACUCCGCUACAUGCAGCGGCUGAACGAGGCUCGCUGCACGAUGUGCCCCAAGGGUGAAGCUUCGUGCUGGGACGGACGUUUCUCCUAUGAAACCUGCUGUUUGCAGGGCAUUCCCCAAACUGAACCUGCUCUCAACGAGUGGAACUGCCAGAAUCAUGAUUUCAAGGGAAAGGAGAGUGCAGUGUUCCGUGACAGGGCGCUGUUUCAAGGCAUGUCAGAAUGCCAAAGGCGGUGGGGUUGGGAUCUGAAUAUUCAAUGGGGCCCUCCUACAGGGGUUUAUGCUGAGUUUUCUGGAAUACCACUUCGACAUUUGGCUCACGGUUGGGAUGGCCAACGCCAUGGUGACGUGGGUGGCUGCAUAGCUUUCCAUGGCCGUUUCUUUCUGAUUCGGUUGGGCUUUGACUCGCCUACGGGUCCGGCGGCUAUUCGAACCACGUCGCAGGUUCUUCAUUUCGGAUUUUGCGCUCCAAAGGUUUGCUCUGCGGAGGAGGUGGUCAAUGACCUGGUGCCUGCAUACACAUUGCAGAUCGCAGAUGCGCAGCGCGUCGCGAUGACUGUUCGAUCAGUUGAUGCUUGGGAGUGGCCUCGUUUCUUGGAAUCUGUCCAUCCGGAGGGAGAAGCUUCGUCAACCCUACGUGAUCGGAUGGAUGAUGUUUCCUUUCAAGUGCUGAUCUUCCUGGCCGUUGUGUUUCUGACGCUUUUAUCUGCAACCGUGUGUGACCACUUCUGGCUAUCAGACAAAUGUGCGCUUUCAGUUUCAGAUCUGACUCCUUUCAUGAACCCGGCACAAAUCAAGACCCGCACUGACCGUGUGGCAAGCUGGGACUUGCGUUUGUCCUUCUGUUACAGAGCUGUGGUGGCGAUGACUGUUUUGACGCUUCACUUGGCACUCGGAGAACCAGAACGACAAAUAUCUUUUCCUGAAGCUUCCAAGAACUGCGCUCUUAAAUUAGUUCGGAAAUUUGUGCGUCAGUUCCCUUUGAUAGUAUUGUCCGUGUGGUGGGAUCGGACGGGCAGUCGCUAUGCCUUUCAUGCUCGGCCGCUGUCGUAUGUGGAUACAACCUUGAGCAAGCUGGAAGGCUCAACGCUGAUAUGGACCAACGAAGUUAUGGAUGGUUUGGAAUGUAAGUCGUCGUUUUGGAGUUGCGCCUCUCGUUUUUUCACCAUCAACUGGCAAGUGAGGGACGCUACAGAAAGGAUUCUGGCUUGCUUUGGCUUCCUGAUUCUUCAAGCAGCAGGCUUGAACUAUGCCAGUGCUCUCCAAUCAGUUUUGGUUUUAUUCGGUUUUGCGUACUAUUACUUCGACUAUUUCCAUGAGUCGCUGCGACGGGAGCUAAAUGCUGGGGCGAACCACCUAUUGGUGAAAAGGCUUGAGAACCCAGCAUUCUUGGGACUAUUUCUGUUGGCAAGGAGUACGGUAGGGUUUUUCCCCAACGGCUUCAUGACACAGCGUGUUGGUCUGCUGGCUGCAGGGACUGGGUGGCUUUGGUCGACCUGGAUCAACCGACAAGAUUAUGAACUUUGGUGCCAGGAGCGCAAUGUAAAAGAUGUGGUAGGGGACGUGCCCUUCGUACUGGGUCUCUGUAUCCUGCUGAGGACCGAGAGGAGGGUGCAGAGCCUUUCGUACUGUUCUGCCUUCACCUGGCUGUCCCGACUCAGCUUCUGCAUCCUGGUGACAGAGAACGCUUUGCAGACCUUCCUGCUAGAGGGCUACUCAUCAAAGGGUCUCCCAUUGGUGCGGAGCAAUCGAGCAGACCCUUUCUGGGAACAGCUGCUGCUGGGUCCGGGGCUGCUGUUGGCGCACCUUCUGUGUGCAUUGCUGCUGUACUUGAUGGUGCAGAGGCCCUUCGAGGCCUUGCUGACGCCCAUGUGUGCCAGGAUACCUUCACGAUGGCUUCACCUUUUGGUACCACUUUACACAGCUUAUCUUGCGUACUUUCGAAACCAGCAUUUUUGA